AACAAGUAAAACCUCCAACAAGAGUAAUUAGUCAGUGUGGAGGUCUACAUAAAUUGGUUAAAAAGGACACAGAUAUCUAAAAGUUAAUAUUUUUGAGCAUGACAGCAACAGCCCUGAAUAUCCUCCCACUUAUUUGUAACUUCAGCAUGAGAGGGAGCUAUUCGAAGGCCUGACAGCAUUGUCUCCAGCGUCAGUUGGGCCACAUGACACUCUGGGAGCUGAAUCAUGGUGGCAUAUCUCCAGCCGGAGCAUCCAGUUGCUUCUUUCAGUCUGUGACGGCAGCUGCUGGAGCCCGGGCCACUGUAGCUGAAAACAGGCAUUGGGGAGAGAGAGAGAGGGGCCCUAUUUUUAGAGUGGGGCAGGAUUACAUUGCAGGGUCUUCACAUCAGAAACCUUUUCCCUGCCCUGCCUUUUCCAGCCAGGACCCACUGCCAACAGGACCUCUGGCGUCCGCCUCUCUCCUCUGUCCACAGAAUCCCCUUGUUUGCCCGCUUUAACCCCUCCAGCCGCUGCCAUGGACCCCAACGCCAUCAAGGAGGAGCUCCGCUUGUUUCAGAGCACCCUGCUCCAGGAUGGCUUGAAGGAACUUCUGAAUGAGAACAAAUUCGUGGACUGCACUCUGAAGGUAGGCGACCGCAGCUUUCCAUGCCAUCGGCUGAUCAUGGCUGCCUGCAGCCCUUACUUCAGGGAUAUCUUCUUCACAGAAGAUGGAAAAGAGGUGGAAAACACCAAAGAGGUGGUCGUGGAAGAUGUUAACCCGGCCAUCCUGGACAUGAUCAUCCAGUACCUCUACUCGGCCGAGAUUGACCUCACCGAUGACAACGUGCAGGACAUAAUCGCUGUGGCGAACAGGUUCCAAAUCCCUUCGGUUUUUACAGUCUGCGUCAACUACCUUCAGAAGAAGCUAUCCCUGGGCAACUGCUUGGCCAUUUUCCGAAUGGGCUUGGUGCUCAGCUGUCCCCGCCUUGCCGUGGCCGCACGCAACUACAUUGCCGAUCGCUUCGAGCUCCUCUACAAGGAAGACGAGUUCCUCAAGCUGGCAGCUCACGAGCUGUUCGCGGUCAUCGGUGGGGACUCCUUAAAUGUGGAGAGGGAGGAGGUGGUAUUCGAGGCCGUCAUGGCCUGGGUGCGCUACGACAAGGAGAAGCGCACCAAGGUCCUGAAGGAUGCUUUCAACUGCGUCCGCUUCCGCCUGCUGCCAGAGAAGUACUUUCAAGACAAGGUGGAGAUGGACGACAUCAUCAAGGCCGACCCGGAACUGCAGAAGACAAUCCAGGUCAUCAAGGAUGCCUUCAAGGGGAAACUUCCAGAGAAACCCAAGAAGACAGAGGGAGAGGAGGGGGCCACAGGGGCAGAAGGCGAUGAGGAGGACAGCCCAUUCCCCGGCUUCCUAAACGACGACCGCAGACAUGGCAUGUUUGCGCGGGACUUCAUCCUCAUGAUCAACGACACGGCGGCGGUGGCGUACGACGUCAGUGAGAACGAGUGCUUCCUGGCAGCCAUGUCAGAGCAGGUGCCACGCAACCACGUCAGCCUGGUGUCACAAAGGAACCAGCUCUACAUUAUCGGAGGGCUGUUUGUGGAUGAGGACAACAAGGAUGUGCCUUUACAGUGUUACUUCUAUUUGUUUGAUCCGCUCUCCUCCGACUGGCUCGCCCUGCCGCCCAUGCCUUCUCCAAGGUGCCUCUUCAACAUUGGGGAGAGUGAAAACCUGCUGUUUGCCGUGGCUGGGAAAGACCUGCAGAGCAACGAAUCACUGGACACUGUGAUGUGCUACGAUGUCGAGAGGAUGAAGUGGAGUGAGACCAAAAAGCUUCCUCUGAAGAUUCAUGGCCACGCUGUUAUCUCCCACAAAGGACUGGUGUACUGCAUUGGAGGAAAGACAGAUGACAACAAAGCCCUCAACAAAAUGUUUGCCUACAACCACAAGCAGUCCGAGUGGCGGGAGAUGGCCGCCAUGAAGACCCCCAGGGCCAUGUUCGGGGCCGUCAUCCACAGGGGCAAAAUAGUCGUGGCAGGUGGAGUCAACGAGGAGGGCCUCACUGCCUCCUGCGAAGCCUAUGACUUUGCGAUGAACAACAACGGCGGCUUCCUGUACGCCGUGGGCGGCUUCGCUAUGGUCCAGACGGAGGCCAAAGAAGUGGCCCCCACAGAGGUCACCGACGUCUGGCAGUACGAGGAUGAGAAGAAGCAGUGGAGCGGCAUGCUGAGGGAGAUGCGCUACGCCGCCGGCUCCUCCUGCGUGGCCGUCCGCCUCAACGCCGCCAGGAUGCCCAAACUGUAGCCGGAUAAACGCUUCCUUUCUUUGCUCGGCCCACCUGUGGACUCCAGAUGACCACCUCCUCCUCUCCAGCAAGCCCCCCCCCCCCCCCCAACAGCUUUACCAUCGCCAAGUUAAUCUUUGACAUUUAUUUUAUCUGCCAGAUUCAACACUCGCUCCAGCCGCCUGUGAAAAGACUGCCUCAUCCCCACAGAGAGACUCCUUCAUCAGGCUUGUUUUGUAAAAAAUAAACAUUUGUGAACUCCUUCCGCCUGCUUUUGUGUGAUUUACGGACGGAUGACGAGGCGGAGGCUCUCAUCGUGUCACCAGGCCAUAAGGAGGGGGGGGGCUUUGAAUUUAUUACUGCUCUCACAUAAAUAAGGAAGUGAAACUGGGUAAAGAACAGUAAGUGAUGUUUUCACAAUUAAACACUGAUGGUUGAACUUUGCCAUGGGAUCCUACAACAGUACUGAGAUGAUGGUUUGAGAAUGGAAUGUAGAUCUUUAAAAAUUUUUUUUGGGGGUGUGUUGUUGCUUUGCUUCAGUUAAUUGUUAACAUGGAAAGUUUCAAGCUUUGGAUCAAGAGCCAUGCACAUUUUUUGCAUUUCUUAUUAGGCUAAAAUUGAAAAGUGAUCCCAAUGUUUAAAUAGAUUGUUAUCACAGUAAAACCUUUUUGAAAAGGUUUCACUUGGUGGUCUAAGCAACAACAACAAAAUUGCUUCAAUUGCUGUUAAAAAUUACAUUAAGUCA